AUGACACAGUCAGAUCCAUCCAUGGUGCCCUAUGGCUCCACAGCUAUUUUCUCUGAUCCGGUCGACAUCGCUCAAGCCAUCGACUUUUCCAACGUCGAAGGCAAGGCGAUUGUUAUAACUGGCGGUGCAUCAGGUUUUGGUGCCGCCUGUUUCCAAGAAUGGGCCACCCAUGGUGCCAACGUGAUCAUAGGCGAUAUCAAUGAGAAGGCAGGGACCGAGCUGGUUGCGCAAAUUCGACGUUCCACUAAUAACGACAAUCAUCAUUUCAUUUCCGUCAACGUGACAAGCUGGCAGAGUCAAGUGUCGUUCUUCAAGGAGGCGGCAAGACUGAGUCCUCACGGAGGGAUCGACUGUGUCAUGGCCAACGCCGGCAUCGCAGACGCACCGGAGAAUGCACUUUUUGAGGAACCGCCCGACUACGCCGCGAUGGACAAUCCUCCCCAACCGACAUUGAGAACGCUCGACAUCAAUCUCUACGGUGUCAUGUAUACAACUAAUCUAGCCAUCUCCUACCUAUCACGAAACCCAGGCAGUGAGAGGUGCAAAGUCGAAACCCAUUCUGGUCCCCGAGAUCGCCACUUGAUUCUUGUUUCGUCGAUCGCUGGACUUACAGGUCUUCCGUCUCAGCCCAUUUAUGCCACUGCUAAACAUGGCGUGGUUGGACUUUUCCGAACAUUGAGGAUCUCCACACCGAUCAAGCAUGGGAUCCGGGUCAACAUGAUUAAUCCAUAUUUUGUAGAUACACCCAUGAUGGGUCCUCGUGGCGCUCUCGUCCUCGCCGGUGGCGCUAUGGCGACAGUCCCUUCGGUUGUCGAAGCUGCGACCCGUCUCGUGGCAGACCAGGGCAUCAUUGGCCGGGCAUUGGUAAUAGGGCCUUCUACGUCCGAGGACCAUGCGAAGGCUGUAGGGCUCGAGCUAGAGACAAAGGAUCAAUCGGCCUGGGACGUGUACGCACACGAUUUUGAACAGACUGAUCUGUUCAUACGGAGGGUUAUCGGGGUGACGAACUUGAUCGCCCACGCGAGAGGAUGGCUUGGGACGCUGGGGGAUAUUACCCGGAAACUCUUCAGCGCUGGAGGUUCGAAGGCUAUAAGAUAUUGA